AUGGAUGAGUCCAAGCACCGGGGCAAACUCAACUCCCAGAUCUGCUCUCUGGAGGAGGUGUUGUCUAAGAUCCUCCACCACAUUACAGACAGCUUCCACGACACUGUCACCUACAAGGUGAGUCAGGCCAAUGGGCCAUACAUGAGGGGUCUAUUCAUUAGUGUACAGCGUAGCAAAAUGUUUUACAACGGAAAACGAAAACCAGUGUUUCUUAUUGGACAAAUUGAGCAAGGUCCCGCCUCAUUUUUGCUCGUUUGCUUCCGUUGACUUUCUAGUGAAUAUGACCCACUAGUGUCACUGUGCUCUCUGACAUACAGUACAUACAGUAUGCUAUGGGGGAUAGAGAGAGAGAGACAUGUAGGGGGGUAUUCCAUAAGCAGAGCUUUUAGGUUGGUGAUUUACCCUCAUUGAAAGAGCAUUGCCGUUCCCUCACGUUCUCUGUUUCUCUCUCCCUCACUUUCUCUGUUUCUCUCUCCCUCAAUUCCUCUGUUUCUCUCUCCCUCACUUUCUCUGUUUCUCUCUCCCUCACUUUCUCUAUUUCUCUCUCCCUCACGUUCUCUGUUUCUUCCUCAGGCCGUGUCCGAAAUCUGUCCAGUUUUGCCUACUACUUACACGUUCUCUGUUUCUUCCUCAGGCCGUGUCCGAAAUCUGUCCAGUUUUGCCUACUACUUACACGUUCUCUGUUUCUUCCUCAGGCCGUGUCCAAAAUCUGUCCUGUCUUGCCUACUACUUACACGUUCUCUGUUUCUUCCUCAGGCCGUGUCCAAAAUCUGUCCUGUCUUGCCUACUACUUACACGUUCUCUGUUUCUUCCUCAGGCCGUGUCCAAAAUCUGUCCUGUCUUGCCUACUACUUACUAAAACUGCAUAAUGUGUACUAGUCGUAUAUUCUAUUUAAAACCUAAUGUUUAGUAAAAACGUAUGCUGUAAGCAACAAAUAUCGACAUACUAGGCUCAUACAUACUGAGAAAACGCUAUGGUGAGCUCUGCGUCAUUUAUGUGUUGUUCGUUCAUUUUGGUACAACCCGUCCCCCUUAUCCCCAAUAACCAGAACUUGUCAACUCAUCAUCAAGUCCUUCAUUGAUUUAAUCAGGUGUAUUAGUAUUGGGCUAGAACAAAAGCCUGCACCCCAGAACUCUGGUGUAGCCAGACAUAACUAAGCAGUUUCCUCACAGCCGUGUUUUCAACUGUCACUCUCUCUCCAGGGGAGGCCAUACGGGGAGAAGAUGCGCUGGGACCGCAUCGAGAUGCUCUACUGGCUGCAGCAGGAGCGCAGGGUCCAUGCUCUGGAGAGGGUGGUGGAGGGGAGAGGCUCUCUCCCCACCAGACUGCCCCCCCUCAACCCCAACCUUCGGCUGUACCCGGGCACCCACCCCACCCCCCAAGGACACACCCCGACCCUCAGCCAGAGACCCCACCCUCAUACACACCCACAGCCGCUCCAACACAACCCAGCCGAGCUCAGUGUAUCCAGUAUAAGUUUGAACGUU